AUGCAACCCUCAAAGGAGCUAGAGCAGUUGUGCAAGCUGGGCAUAUCUGAGAAGACGGCCAAGUUUGCGCUGGAGAAUAAAGGUGGAAAUGUAGAACAAGCCGCUGACUUUGCUUUGUCCGGAGAAGCAGACAGGGCCGAGAAUGCUCUCGAACGUACAACUUCCUCCACUUCCCUGCAAAUGGGUUAUCUCAAGCCCCCGGACAAUUCGCGCAACACAGGAUCCUUCACUAGGAUGUCGUUGAGCUCUAUGAUGGGUGGUCUAUCUUCUCUCUCGCUUAGUCGUGGAAGCAGCGAUGAGAGAGGUCGUUCGGAGAAGACAGAGAAGGAUAAGGCAAACUUUCGGUCGUCUUCCUUCUCUGGAGUGGCGGAAGACGAGCGAUCCAGCUCUAGAGGACGCACCCGAAGUCAAUCUCCUUUUCGUCUGCGGAGAUUAAGCACACGUGAGCGCGAGACCUCCCCCACUGUAGAGGCUCUUUCGCAGUCCGACGUCGAGUCUGACGCGGAAGUGUCCCAAAUCCGACCUCGCAACGCAUUCAGUCUUUCGGCGCACGAGGACGAGGAAUCCGGAGAGGAGAGCUCCGAGGAGAGCUCUGAGGAGUCGUGGAGCGAUGACGAUCAACUCGACCCGGUGACAGAGCGAAAUACUGAAAGAAAUUCACUCAUACCGGCAGAUGUUGGAGAGCAUGAUGUCGUAGACGUGCCUGAUCCUUUGGGAGAAGGAGUCAACGUUGUCGUACCUCCGGAACCUUAUUUCCCGUCCACUCUGAACACCGGUUCUCGCAAUCCACGUCGUCGCAAAUCCACUAGGACCCACGAUGCGUUGCCCUUGGUCUCGUCGCGACCUGUAUUUCAGCGAGAUCGGUGUACCAUCACACUCACGCAUGGUGACCCCGCUCGUACUUUGGAGGAGACAGGGAGGCGUCCCAAGAGAUAUGUUCUCGCCAGCGAUCUCAGUGAUGAGAGUAGAUAUGCCUUAGAAUGGGGUAUUGGAACGGUCCUGAGAGAUGGGGACGAGAUGCUCAUUGUGACCAUCAUCGAGAACGACAGCAAGGUUGAUCCUCCCAUUCCAAAUCCAGCAGACCGAGCCACGAAGCUGCGAAGCCAGCAAGAGCGUCAAGCAUUGGCAUAUAUUCUCGUUCGCCAGGCCACUAGUCUUCUUCAGCGUACACACUUGCAGGUCACUAUAUCAUGUCAAGCGUGGCAUGCCAAGAAUGCACGACACAUGCUGCUCGAUGUCGUCGAUUUUGUCGAGCCCACGAUGCUCAUUGUUGGUUCACGCGGUUUGGGUAAUUUGAAAGGGAUUCUGCUCGGUUCGACCUCCCAUUACCUCGUCCAGAGAUGCUCUGUCCCAGUCAUGGUUGCGCGCCGUCGUCUCAGACGGCCUCCUCGACGAUCCGCUCAUCUUGCUCCCCAUCGUGCUCGUGUCUCUCUCGCUCAAGCGGCAGGUGUUGACAGGGUCGCCGCAAAGGUGGACCAGGACGUUGCUGUCAUGCGUGACCAGAUGGAAAGGGAGGAGAAGGAUGAUACAAUCAAUGUGCCUGACAUCGAGGAGGAUCCUGAUACCGAAGUCGAGGGUGAGCACCCACUAGGGACCAAAGUUGCUGGGUAA